AUGUCCAUCUCGAACCAACCUUCAACCCAAGGUCUUGGCCUCCGUGGCCGUAACAUCAACGGCUGCUCGAUCAACAUUGAUCAUCUCGACUCCCAUCACUGCAAUCAUCAAGAGAACUCAAACGACGCCCUCCCACUUCCCGCCACCCUCAGCAUCUUCUUCAACCCAGACAGAAACCUUGCGUUUUUCCGGCUGCGUGCUCAAAUCAGCCUCGAAGUCGGCGCAGAGACACGUACAGUGCCCUUCUUCCUCCACAUCCCGCCCGACAAGAUCGACAACCUCAGCCUACACCAACAUGCCAGAACCGCCGACACUACUGGCACCACUGGCUGUCCCAACACAAUCCAUCCCUCUAUGAAGACAUGCCUCCGUUUCCGCCUUGCUACAACAGGCUCCAUCAGUAUCGUUGCGCCCCAAAGCCUGCCGGCCGGCAACCUACGCGCCGCGAAUCCCGCUGCUUGUAACACCCUUGAUGCCCUGCGCUUGCUCGCUCAACAAGCCGCCAUUUGUAUAUCCCUGCCGCCCGCCGCAGCCACAGUAUCCGACCCAACACAGCUUACCGCCCUCUGCGAGGCCGUGUCGACAAGUGGUCGGCUGCAUCCGGACCCCGUCCAGGCCAACCUGCGCUCACUGUACCGUGGGGAGGGCGGCCGGGUUGUCGAAGUCGACGAGUUGGUCCCCUUUUCGAACAACGACCGCCCACCUUUGUCGUUAUUUGCUGGCCUCCCACCGGCUUACCCGGACGUUGCCGCCGACGCGCCUCCUCAUCCCUCUCCUGGGUCUGGACCAAAGCGGCGGCAGCACAAAAGACCGCGCACGCGGUCGCCCUCGCCCACAGUUAGCAGCAGGAGCGAGGCCAGGAGCAGGAGCAGGAGCAGAAGUAGGAGCGGGAGCCGGAGCUCGAGCAGUUCGCCCAGGUACAAUAAAUGGCAACAUCUAAAUCUUGCGGUUGGCGAGCGGGAGAAAAUCAUGGCCGAGCUUUUGCGGCGCACAGAGAAAAAAGAAAAGGCUAUAGAGGAACUUCUGCGGCGCGCAGAUAAGAAAGAGGAGCGACUCGGUGCAAUGCUGUGCGACAUAGACGAGAAGCGCAUGCGGGUAACUGACGAGACGCGCAAGCUGACGGCUCUAAUCGCGUCCUCGGAGGACUGCCGCCGUCACCAGCAGCAGGAACAGCAGCUCGAGAAGGCUGACUCUGCUGAGCGCGCCGCGUCGCAAGUAUCCACUGCCUCGCCUGCGCCCCCCGGGCCGCCGGCAUCAGAAGGCCACGACUCGACGGCCUCCGUGUCUACCGAUGUCUCAGACCGUGUGCAGGCGUACAUCGCCACGCAGCUUGAUGGCCUGCGUGAUGAGAUGCGUACGCUGCAGCAGUCGACGGCCAACGACAUGGAUGAGCUUAUGGACCGGAGGCUGGAAGACUAUGUGGAAGAGGAAGACAUGUUUGAUGCGAUCCGAGGGGCAGUGGAUGAGGCGGUCGCGGGUAUCCGAGAUAGGAUAUUGGAUGCUUGGAUAUAG